AUGUAUUUCAAUAAAGAACCACUUCAUCAAAAUCCUAAAUCGAAAUUCAUUGUUAUCAAAGAUUCAAAACUGUCCAGUUGCUACAAAAUGUACAAAACAUUGUUUAAAUUAUGCAUUAAAGAAGGAAAAUGUUUGCGUGCGUAUUCGUAUGAACGUAGCAGAAAUGAUUUACUUUUUGACCUAAAUGUUAAUACCGAUAAUGCAGAAAUAAUUGAUGCAGUUUCUGAUCCACACGGUUGGGAUUCAAAUGUAGAAAAGACUUGUUUUUCUUCCAUAAAUGUGAUCUGUCAGCAGUUAGUCCAGUAUAAAGGCACAGUUUUUAUGUGCUCUUUAACUCCAUUGCUGUACAAUAGUGGAAUCAAUGAAGUGUACAAGUCAUUUCAUAAGCUUUUGAAGCAAAAUGUAGAGUUGCAAAUUGUUGCUAUUUUUCAUGCUGAUGUUCACCCUGCAUGUGAAAGUGAUAUAAUUGAAUCACUUGCAACAACAGUUAUAGAUUCUGUUGCCGAAGGCGACAAUUUUAUUUCUACAGUUCAUUACCCAAGUGGCAAAGUAUCUAAGCAACUAACUGAAUGCAAAAUAUCACCAUCAUAUGAUUUUGUGAUUUUGCGAGACAUUGAACUAUCCCACAAUCCUGUUGCAGUGAAACAACCAGAUCCAACCGAAAACUUGCCAUUCAAUUUGAGAUUAAAACAAAGUGAGAUAGAAGCUCGUAGUCAGCUUCAGCUACCUUAUAUGAAGAUGCAAACUGAUGAUGAUGCUAUCAUCCAGAAUAUUUUGGAAAGUGAAUAUUAUGAUGAAGAUGAUCCAGAUGAUGAUCUUGAUAUUUGA